CUCACUGCUUAUAACUCACCACCUACAACACACAAACAGAAAUGGACGAGGUGUUGCGAAGAAAAUCGCUCGUGGAGCAAAUUCUGGCCCGUGCGGCCAAAAUCAAAACCCAUAUGCAAGAGGUCAACCAGAGCAUCGCCAACAUGGACCAGAUUGCCGAGGAGAAGAAGGCGCGGGCUGCUCGGGAGGCGGAGGAGGCGGCGAAGCCGGUGCUGAGGCUGAUGGACCUGCCAGACGACCUGCUGCGGCUGGUGGCGGCGGCGGUGGCGCGCGGCCAGUCCGCCAACCCCAGCCCCAUCCUCGGCUCCGUGCUCACCCGCGGCAGCCUGGCCGCAGGCGGGGGCGGGGGCGGCGGCGGCGGCAUGGGUGCGGCGGGCCUGGCGGCGCUGGCGCUGACGUGUCGCCGCUGGCGCCGGCUGGCCUCUCAGGAGCCUGGGCUGUGGGCGGACAUGUGUGGGGCGCGCUGGGGCGUGUUCCAGUCCGACCCCGCCGCCGUGCUGGUGCUGGACCCGCGGCAGCUGCACCUGGCGGCGGGCUGGCCGAGGGCGGCCGUGGCGGCGGCCGUGGCGCUGCCGGUGUCAGGCGGGACGUCAGGGGGCCUGGGGGGAGCAGGGUCAGGGGCGGGGGCAGGCACGCUGUUGGUGGCGGGGCGGCAAAGCGGUGGAGUGGUGGCCGGGCCGAGGAACGGGGGCGGCGGGGCUGCAGCACGGGCACAGCAGGCGGCGGCUGCGGUCGUGUCGACGGCAGGGCCCAUGAGGGGUGGCAUCAGUGGGCCAGCGGCUGGGGGCGCGGGGCGGCUCAGCGCCAGUGGUGGGGCGCAGUCCCCAUCGCAGCCGCAGUCGCAGUCGCAGUCGCAGCUGCCGGCCCUGCUGGCGCCCGGGCACCCGCCCAGACUGAGGUCCGCUCGGUCGCAGGGGGCGAGCACACUGGGACCCGCAGUGGCGGCGUCAUCAGCGGCGUCAGUGACGUCAGCGUCAGGAGCCGCAGCUCCAGCCGGCACCAGCGGCCCCGCGGCUCGCGGCGUGCUGGCUCCGCUGCCCCCUGCCGCGGCCGCUGCGGGCGCAGGAGGCACUGGUGCAGCGGGCGAGGCUCCCGGGGCGGGCCCUGGAGGCGACACGUCUCCACCGCCGCCCGCUUCCCCCCCAGUCAGCUCGGGGCGGCGGCCGCUGCUGCCCGCCCUGUCGCUGCCGCACAGCCCCUCAGCCCCCAUGACCGCGACCGCGGCAACAGCGCCGCAGCCGUCUCCCUCACCCUCGCCCUCGCCAUCACCGUCAGCGUCACGUCAGCGGUUCUCAGGCUGUGGAGCGCGGGGGAGCUCGCCCCCGCCCCCUCAGCCCCUGCAGGAGUGUGGGGACACUGUGGUGCGCCCGGGGGCAUGGGGCGGUCCAGGGCAGGCGGAUGCAGGCGCCAAGGGCGUUGUCGGGGGUGGCGGCGGGGGGGCUGUGCCGCAGGCAGCGGGCCAGUGGGCGCCGGACGCCAGCCAGAGAUCUGAUGUCGACCCAGACCCGGGCCCAGACCCGGACCCGGACCCAGAGCUUGGGUUGGGGUUGGGGUUGAGGAUGGGCAUGGGCAGUGAUGGGCGGCGAGCGGCAGUGUCAGCCAGUGCGCUGCCUGGCCCCAGCGGCGCGGCACCGGAGGCCGCCCCCCACGGAGUUAGCACCGGGCCGCCGCCCUCCCCGCGGCUGCCGCCAGCCAGCUCUCCCGCAUCCGCGCGCCCCUCAAUGGUGCAGCCGCUGCCAGGUGCGCCCUCGCCUGCUGGCGCUGGAGCUGUAGCAGCAGCAGUAGCAGCAGCGGGCCCGGCGCAGCCGGCCCCGGGUGGCAAUAGCAAGCAGCAGCAGCAGCCGGCGGGUGUGGGGCUGCCGCUACUGCCGGGCGGGGACGCGCUGGAACCGGUGCCGCUGGGGCUGGUGCUGCUGCGGGCCGGUGGCGGUGGCAGCAGUUUCAAGAGCACCUGCAGUCCCAACAGCGGCUGGGCAGGGUCGGGCGGUGUGACCGGGGCAGAAGCGUCAGCAGCUACAGCCGGGCAAGACGUUGCGGGCACCAGCUGCGCGGAAGCGGCGCCGCCGGCGCAGAAUCCUUGGCGGCUGGUGUACCGUGACCGCCUGGUGGGCUGGCGCGGUGUGCUGGCCGUGUUCCGCUGGCUCCAGUCCGCCGGCUGCCCGCCCGGCGUCAGCGGGGCGCUGCACCGGCAGCAGCUGCUGCUGGCGCUGCGCUACUGCCACAUGCUGCUGCAGGUGAACGCGGCGCCGCCGGAGCCGGCGGCAGUAGCAGCAGCAGCAGCAGCAGUGCCAUACCCGUCUGCUGCUGCCAGCAGUGCAGCAGGUGCAGCAGGCGGAGCUGGGGGCGGAGCCGUGUGGGGGCAGGAGCGGCACCCAGAGGGCGCGGGGUCCGGGGCCCCGGUGGGGAGGCAGUCGAGGCCCUGGGCCAGUGCGGGCCGGGCGAGGGCGGACUGGGUGCGGCAGCGGGCGGCAGUGGCGCUGGCAGCAGAGCUCCUGGCGGCGGCACCGGACACGGUGCCCUGUCUGCACGCGCUGCUGUCCAACGAGUCUGGUCUGGUGGUGGAGCUGGCGGCGGCUGGUCUGGCGGACCUGUUGGCACUGGACAGGGCGGUGGGCGAGGAAGGAGACAGGCGGGGGCAGGGCGAGGAGGGGCGGCAGCGGGGUGCAGCGACAGCGGGUGGAGGUGGCAGUGGGAGCCAGGACACAGGUUUGCUGGCACAGGCGCGGCAGGCGCAUGCUGCAGCUGCAGCGGCGGCGGCUGCAGCUGCAGCGGCUUCGGCUCCCUCAACCGCUGUGACCACACAUGGGUCUGGCAAGACGGCAGUCGCCGCGGCGGCGGCAGCGGCGGUGGCAGCGGCAGCGGCGCGACGCGCUGCGGAGCAGCCAAGCGUGCUGGCGCACGUGCUGCUGUCCUCCAACAGCGGCCGCGCCAUCGCCGCCCAGCUGCGUGACGGCCUGCGCUCGCCCGGCAUCGUGGCGGAGCUCACCCGCUGCCUGGUCAACCUGUGGGCGCCAGAGCACCUCGUGCCGCCGGUGCUGCCGCUGCCGCCGCCGCCGCCACCUCUUGGCCUGCCGCGCGGUACUGCUCAUUCACAUUCCCACUUACCGCACGGGCGCGCUGCGGCGGCUGCGCGGCUGCCACCCCUAGAGGACGGCGUGUGGCAGCUGCAGGAGUUCUCGGCGCGCGGCGACCCGCUCCGCCUCAUACACACACUCGUAUCCUUCAGGCCCGGGGUCACAACCGCCGCGGCGGCAGCGGCGCACAUGGGCGGCACGGGAGCGACCGGCCGCACAAGCGGCAGUGGCGCCGCCACCGGCCAUGCCGCCCACAUGAUGGCCGCGAGCUCCGCCCGGCACAGCGACUCGGGCGUGCGGGGCGGGAGCGGGACUGGCGGCGCGGGUGGGGGCAAGGAGCCGCCGCCGCUGCCAUCGGUGUCGGAAUCAGGGGCAGCGGCGGCUUACCGGCCGGGUCACGAGGACGGGGAGGAGGGGUUGGGGGGCGGCGGCCGCGCCCCUGCCUCGCUGCAGUACUCCCCAGGCCCGGCGCCCCCGCACCCCUCAGGCAACGCAUCCAGCACUGGCUCCGGCCGUCGCACCACGUACAGCGGCGGAGCCAGCGCUAGCAGCAGCAGCAGCAGCCCGGGCGGCCCGGGCGGCAGGUCGGCGGCCACGCGACAGAGCUGUGCGGGCGGGCGGCCCUCGCCCUGUGACACAGGCGCCGCCAGCCAGGGCGCUGGUCUGGGUCUGCUGGCUGGAGGCGUGCUGACGGGUCUGGGGCCCAUGUCCUCUGGGGCCGCCGCCGCCGCCGCCGCCGCCAGCCUGGGUCUGCUGGCUGGGCGCACCGCCUGGCCGCUGGUGGGGCCGGACGGGAGGCCGCUGGGCGGCACGGCGGCGGCGCUGGUGGCGCUGAGCGGCGGCACGAGGGCGGGCGAGCGGGUGGUGGUGGAGCUGCUGGGCGGUGGGUACGACACGUCGCUGUCCCGAGGCGGUGGCGGGGGCGGCGGCGAGGAGGGAGUGGGCGGUGCCGAGGAGUUCCGCCUGAGCGGCUUUGUGGACGCGGCCAGUGGCGAGUGGCAGCUGCAGCGGCGCUGCAUCAAUGUGCCCUUCGGUCUCACAUACAGGGGCUACAGCGAUGCCCACGGCUGCUGGGGCACCUACACGGUGCAGCAGCAGGACUCGGGCGCCGGCGCCAGGGCGGCAGCGGCGGCGGCGGGGUCAGGUGCCGGGCCAGGCCCAGCCGCGGCCGCUGGCCCCGGCCCCGGCCUGGCAGCAGCACACGGCGGCCCCCAGGCCUCCGCCCCCGGCGGCCUGGGCGGCGCCACCGCCGCCUCCUCGGGCUCCACCUCGUCCCGGGGGGCGCCCCGCGUGUUCCGGUUGUUCCGGGAUCCGCGCUUGCCGCCGCCGCCCGAACUGCUGCGGCUGCUGGGGGCCAUGCGAGGCGAGCAGCAGCAGCAGCAGGCGGUGGAGGAGGAGGAAGAAGGGGACAGUGGAGGCAGCGAGGAGGAAGGGGAUGCCGCGGAGAGAAGCGGGGGAGGUGACUGCAGGGGCCAAAAUGGUUUGAGCAGCAACACAGGCGGAGACGGGGUGUCCGGGGUCGUAGGAGGUGGAGGUGGAGGUGGUGAACCGGGUGGCGCGGGCGAUUGGGGCGAUUUGCCGCACCUGGAGCCGCUGCCUGUCGCCAGCAGCAGCAGCAGUGGCGGCAGUGGCGGCAGAUGAUGAUGAGCGGGCAGUGGUGGUGGCCAGGGGUGCCCCUGGUGGUGGCGGGGGGAGGACUGGAGGAGCCAUGAAUGUUGGUGCUGACGCAUUGGAGUGGUGUGGAGUUUGCGGCUGCUUCAGCUUUUGGGGCGUCCCCACAAUGAAAGGAUAUCUGGAUAUGUCGUGUUAAUUUGUUCGUAGAGUCGUAGUCGUGAUCCACAGUUGCUAUGGGUCCGCGGAGAGCAUGAGCAUGAUCAUUGACUCAUGAACAUAUGCAGGGCAUGGCUCGGUUGGUCUCAGAUUGCAUUGGUCUCAGAUGCAUAGAUGUGUACGCAUACCAA